UUCAUUAGUGUCGGGUUCGAGUCGAUCCAUAACGUAUAGAAAAUGUUUUUAGAAAAAAGGAUAAGGAUUUCAAGAACUUCGAAAGAAAAAAAAAAGAUUUUUUUUUGAAAUUUAUAGUGAAAAUUAAUUAAUAAAAAGUCAGAAAAAAUGUGUGAAUUUAAAGAAAAUGAUUUUGAAGAGUUGAUUGAACAGUGUGUUUUAGGAAGCAGUUAUGUUGAAGAAUUUAUGCCGGUUUUAAAAAAAGCAUGUGAAUCAGGCACACAAAAUGAUUUAUUACAAGUAUGGACAAUAUGUGCUUUGCAAAAAAAAGAAGAAGUUGAACAAACAUGCUCAAAAUACCAUCAAAUCUUUGUUGAGUCGAUUGAACGACUUUUGAAUGUGCGUCAAUCUAUAUUGAUGUUAACAGACCAAUUACAUUAUUUAAAUUGGGAUAUUCAACGUAAUGUAGCAGGUUUAGCAUCCAAGAAACGUGCAUUAGUUGAAGCACGUCGAAUGAGUCAAAAUAUGAAAGAGGCGUCGGAAAUGAUUCGUACGUGUUUAAAAGUGUUACGUUUGGUUAAUAAGAUUCAUGAAUGGAUUGGAAAUAGGGAAUUUUAUCGAGCUUUGAGGUCGCUAGAUGAGUUACAAACAGUUCAUUUAAAAGAUAUAUUAGAGUUUCGUUUUGCUAAAAAUAUAUGUGAUUCUAUUCCAAGUAUAAAGCAACGAAUACAGGAUGCGGUAAUGAGGAACUUGAAAGAAUGGCUUCUGACUUUGCGUAUAAGUUCGACUAAGGUGGGUCAACUUGCAUUUCAAAAGACUCUUGAAAGACAAAAAAUAUGGAAUCGGCGUAUUAAAAUGGAUCCUCGUUUGCAAUCUUGUGAGUUUAAUUCCCCUGUAGAAUGGGUAUUAAGUGAAUGGGAUGAUUUUGAUGUGACAUCCAACGAGCAAAUUCAGAUAGAUUUUACAUGUUUAUUUGAGUCUUUUCACAUUUAUGAUGAACUCGGGCUUCAUGAUGAGUUUCGUAUGAGUUAUGAAAAUGAUCGUAGAAUGCAGAAAGAUCUCUUGAUUCCCUAUUCAAUAGUAAUUCAAAAUAAAGAUAUAUCUGCUAUUCGUUCGUUGUUGCAAGAUAUCUCUGGUUUUGUUAUUAUAGAAAAGAAAACAUUGACUAAAAUAAGCGCUUUGCGGUCUGAAGAAGAGAUUGAUUCUUUGUGGGAUUCUCUGUGUGAUAAGUUAAUUGAAAAUAUUUCAAAUAGUAUUAAGGAUGUUGAUGAUCUUCAAUUAAUUCAAGAUAUAAAGUUUCUUAUCUUGUUAUUUAUACAAACAAUUGAGACAUAUGAUUAUUCUAUGAAAAAGCUAUAUAAUUUUUCAUUAAGCUUGUUUGAAACAUAUUCAAGAUUGUUAAAGGCUCAAUUUAGUAAGGAUUUUGAGCAGAUUGUUGCUGACGAUGAUUAUAUGCCUAUUGUUAUUAGUAAUAUGGAAGAUUAUCAGAAAAUAUUGGAUGUUAGUUGGUAUAAGCCUAACAACUUUUCUGAUUCAAUCAAAUUUCCUGUUACUCUUCCGUUUUCUCAAGUAUAUCCCUUGUGUUGUGUAGAUAUUCGGAAUUUUGUAAAUAAAUACUAUAAAUUUGCUGAGGGAUAUUAUAAUCAUUGUCAUGAUAUUGAUGAUAUUUUAAAACAGAUUUUGGAUGAGCUCUUAGUUGGACAUGUUAAAAAGAAAUUAAUUGAACGAUUAAGUUUAAAUAAUUUAUCACAAUUAGUACAGAUUAUAAUUAAUCUUGAACAUUUUGAAAAAGCAUGUGAUGAAUUAGAUUCUUUAUUAUUAGAGAUACAAGCUUCUGAUAAAGCAACUAAUUUGAAAUUAAGGGCUAAAUCGGAGUUUUGUGAUGCUAUUAAGGAUGCUGAAAAACGAAUAUUUGAGUUGGUUAAUUCUAAAAUAGACGAUUUUUUGGAAAUUUCAGACUAUGAUUGGCAAUCUACAACGAAGCAAAAAGAACCAAGUUCCUAUUUACUUGAAAUGGUUUCAUACUUAACAACUGUAAUGAAUUCUACCUUGCAUAAUCUUCCUCAUUCUAUUAAGACAUUUGUAUAUUUUGGAACACUUGAUCAUUUUGCAUCAUCCAUGAUGCAAAAAUUAUUAAAUAAAAGUUCAAAAAAAAUUAAUCAAAAUUCUAUUUUCAAUUUUAAUUUGGAUUUACAAUAUUUAGAGAAAUUUGUUCAAGAUCUUAGUGAACCAAGUAUUUCUUAUGCAGAUACUUUUCUAGAGUUACGACAGAGUCUUAAUCUUAUUUUGUCUGAAAAUCCUGAAGAAUAUCUUAAUAGUGAUAUACAACUUAAGAAAUAUAGUCGUAUUAAACCUCAAACGGCUAUUCUUCUUCUUGAAAAGCUUAUUUUAUGUGAAACAAAUAAACCUUCCGAGGAAAGGAGGCUUUCAAUUAUUAGAUCUUCUGAAAACGUCAUUAAUUCACUUGUUAAUCAUCGUUCUUGAUUUGUUUU